AACACCAUGUUAGUAGAUUUAGUGGAGGAGCUGAAGAAGACUGGACUCCAAGCUGCUCCUGCUGAUCACUGCUAUGCUGGAGCUGAAGAUGUGGCCUGUGAUGUCUGCACCGGGAGAAAACUCAAAGCACACAAGUCCUGUCUGAUCUGUCUUGUCUCUUACUGUGAGAAACACCUUCAUCGUCAUUACGAUGUAGCUCAGUUAAAGAAACACAAGCUGGUGGAGCCGUCCAAGAAGCUCCAGGAGAACGUCUGCUCUCGUCAUGAUGAGGUGAUGAAGAUGUUCUGCCGUACUGAUCAGCAGCUUAUCUGUUAUCUCUGCUCUGUGGAGGAACAUAAAGGCCACGACACAGUCUCAGCUGCAGCAGAGAGAGCUGAGAGGCAGAGAGAGCUCGAGGGGAGUCGACAAAACAUCCAGCAGAGAAUCCAGGACAGAGAGAAAGAUGUGAAGCUGCUUCAACAGCAGGUGGAGGCCAUCAAUCUCUCUGCUGAUAAAGCAGUGGAGGACAGCGAGAAGAUCUUCACUGAGCUGAUCCGUCUCCUGGAGAAAAGAAGUUCUGAUGUGAAGCAGCAGGUCAGAUCCCAGCAGAAAAGUGAAGUGAGUCGAGUCAAAGAGCUUCAGGAGAAGCUGGAGCAGGAGAUCACUGAGCUGAAGAGGAAAGACGCUGAGCUGAAGAAGCUCUCACACACAGAGGAUCACAACCAGUUUCUACACAACUACCCCUCACUGUCACCACUCAGCCAAUCUACAUCCAGCAUCCAUAUCUGUCCUCUGAGCUGCUUUGAGGACUUGACAGCGUCCGUGUCAGAAGUCAGAGAUAAACUACAGGACGUCCUGAGAGAGAAGUGGACAAACGUCUCACUGACAGGGACUGAAGUGGACGUUUUACUGCCACAACCAGAGCCCAAGACCAGAGCUGGAUUCUUAAAAUAUUCACGUGAAAUCACACUGGAUCCAAACACAGCAAACACACAGCUGUUAUUAUCUGAGGGGAACAGGAAAGCAACAUUAAUGAGACAAAAACAGUCUUAUUCUAUUCACCCAGACAGAUUCACUAACAGGUCUCAGGUCCUGAGUAGAGAGAGUCUGACUGGACGUUGUUACUGGGAGGUGGAGAGGAGAGGGAGAGGAGGAGUUGAUGUAGCAGUUGCAUACAAGAAUAUCAAACCCUCCCAGCACAGCCGUGAACCUGAAGACACACCUGUCCGACCGUAUAUGGACUUCCCUCUGCAGGCUAUUACAUGUCGAAGGAGUCUGUUCAAAGACUCUUGUUCAAUGAUUUCAUCAACACAUUCACUUCAUCCACACAAUCACUUUGUUUGA